AUGGGUAACGUAUUUAAAUUAAUUCGAAACCGGCUUAGUAAUCAGCCAGAUGAUGAUGCCAAAAAUGUUACUCAUUUGGAUCAAAGCAGUUGUAUUUCAACUUAUCCGGAUGGGGGACAGAACUCAAACGAAAGAGUCGACAGAGAUGCAACCGUACCACUCAAUUUAAGUGCCGACACGGCUGAUGACAAGAAAGCCAAGCGUGUAGCGAACGAUGCCGAAAACAUAGAAAUGGAUCGAAUGAAACGGGUCAAAAGUGAACAGACCGAAGCCACGGAUUUAAGCAUGAAAAACACUGCAACUGCUUCACAGGGCCGCCUUAGCAGCCAUUCGGAGGCGAGCAACGAAUUCGUCGGCAAUCGGCUUUCUCGACCGAAAGCCAGACCCAAACCUCGGCCGUUGGUUCUUCCUGAUUCAUCUCUUUCCCAUUUUCGGGGUGGGAAUAUGCCACCCGUUUCCAGUCCACUGAGCUCUUCGCCGUGUUCUUCGUUGUCGCCAUCCACCUUGAAUUCACCCGCCCCUUCUUCAUCCCCAUCAGUCUCUUCGCACAAUCACGCCACGAUGAGCAAACCUCCUCAUUCGCCCUCGCUGCAGACACCGUUCUUCAGCAACUUUCCAGCUCCACUUCCGUCGCCUAGUCUUUUUCCAAACUACCCUUCUCCGUUUAUUCCGCUGCAGACACCGCUGCCUCAUCCGCACAGUCACGCCCUAAACACGGCUCAACUUCAUUUUUGGAGCUCGCUCAGUCCCUUGGCGGUCGCCAGUAGCCCCCGUUAUCCCAUCAACAGUAAAGGUUCGUCCGGAAGCGUGAGUGGAGAGAGCGGAAGUGAAGGGCCUCCUUCUUCGGCCGCAAUGCUCAGUGCCUUCCCUAGUUCGUCCGCUCUCCCGUCACUCUCGCCUUCUCAUUUUACUUUUCCCGUACCAGCUUUCCCGUUUACUGCACCGCUUUCGUACUCCAAUCCAUUGCGGUCUCCCCUUUUCACUCCUGGGCCUCAUAUGAACCUCAGCAACCACCGGAAAGAGCGGGAAAAGGUCAAAGAGGAACCCAGAGACGAAAUGGGCCAUGCUGAUAAUGAGGAAUUGGACGAAAAAUCCAAAUCUGUUGUAAAAAGGGAAGAAGAAGGUGAUGUUGCAGACAAAAGUGAUGAGACAACUUCCGCGCGGACACGGUCCGUUUCAUCUUCCCCUUCUGAAUCUUGAUUCAUAGGAUUGUCGUCUUCUUUUUUCUAUUUUUAAUGGUUGUUUAGUUGGUUUUUUUCAUUAUUACUUUUUGAGUGAGUUUCGGCCGAUCAGACUUGGUGUCUGGACGAUUUUAUUUCAAUUUUUUUCUUUCGUUUCUAUAGCCUUAUCAACAACAAAGUCCUGCGGUCUUCCAUUCUUUUUCCUUUCUUUUUUUUUUGUCAUUCAUAUUAAGUUGGAUUUUCCCCCUUUCCCAAAAUUACAACGAUUGGUUUGUAAUUAUGGUCAAAUUGAAAUUUUCAUUGCGA